CAUCCGCCGCUCUGACCUGACCGUUCUCCAUUGAACUCUCUCCUCCAAUCCGUCAUCAUGGUCGUCUACUACCAGAUCGCCGGCAAGCAGGUCGGCUCCCACGUUGUACGUCUCCAUUGCCACCCCGUUGCAACCCUCCCCUGUCCCGGGACCAAUCUCUGCCGAGGUCAUAACAUCGGCCGAUGGCACACCCUGCCAGCUGCCUGGGAACUUGUACACUGACUACUUGACUCCAUAUAGCUCGCCAUGAGCGUUCUCGGUGCUCUCUUCGGCGGUGUUGGUCUCGCUACCCGUGGUGGUGGCCAGCCCAAGCCUGCCACCCCUCCCAUCCAGGCUUCCUCCAAGGAUGAGGAGACCUUCAUCCAGGACUUUUUGAAACAAGUGAACGGAGACGAGAAGAAGAAAGACCAUUAGAACACCGCUUUAAUACGGGAAUCGGUCGAGGACAAACAACCUAAUUGAAGAUGCUCGAUGCAUGA